AUAGUCGGGCCUUUCUUGACGAAAAACAGAGUGGAAAUCAAGGUCAACGUCAUUGCAUAAGUGUUACCAUCUAUAAAACUGAUCACGAUGACAAUCUAUGUCAGCAGUUUUUGUGCAAGAAAGCAAGCGCUCACAACCAUGUACCCCAUCGUAUUCCUUGCUAUGGUCGCAGUUGUGCACUGUGCCACCACGGUCACCAUGCCAACAGACAUGUCGACAACGGCUGCCCCUAUGACGACGACAAAACCUCCCACGGUCCUUUUCGACAUGAAAAGCCACAAGGCGAUGGUGGUUGCCGCGGACGGUUGCUAUGAGUACCACAUGAACCACCAGGAUACACUUGAUCAUGCCAACAACUUGGCUGCUCUUACGCAACGAAUCAUCGAUGCGUGGACGGCUAGGAAAAACACACAGGAAACUGGUCACCACCAUAUCGAUCACAUGACACCGGAAAUUACAACCGCGUGCGCGUCACUUCCUGUUUAUAGCUUCGAUUAAAAAUAUGGAUCGACGCGUUUUCUUUGGUUUCAAUGUAAUUAAAGUCAAUAAUGCUGUUAUUAAAUUUUGCUGUUUGACUGGAUAAUAAAGUGAAAUGCCUUAUCA